AUGCCCAGCGCAGUUUUCUCCACACCGAAACCGACCCAACUAAGCAAUACACUUAUCCCGCCGAAACGGGCCCUCACCGCGCCACGAUCCUCGGCUUCCCCCUCUCGCUGCUCCACGUUUCCAGCUCUCUAUGACCAAACCUGCGACGAGAUCAUUGACCUCGCCGCCACUAUUGCACACUUCGAGCCCGUCCGCCUCCAUGUCCGUCCAGAGAACAUGUCCGCCGCGCAGGCCCUCCUGACCACCCGCAUGGCGAGCUCUCCAACCGCCGAACAAGCCCGCGUCACGCUACUAUCCUGUCCGACGAACCAUAUCUGGGUGCGCGACACAGGUCCCGUCUACGUGCGCGGUGCGGACGGGUCCCGUGCAGCGGUCGACUUCCGCUUCUGCGAAUGGGGCAACAAGCUCGACGAGCGCAUCUAUAACAGCGCUGCCGAGGACGACGGGUGGCCGGUGAUGGACGCGGCCGCGCAGGCCGAGAACACGGGGUUCGCGGCGCGGGCGCUGGAGCUGGACGCGGCGACGUGGCCAGAUGAGCCCGUGACGCGAGUGGUCUCGCGGGUGCGGGUAGAGGGCGGGGGCAUCGAAAUGGACGGCGAGGGCACGCUGAUGGCGAUGGAGAGCAGUGUGACGGUGGCGUCGCGGAACGCAGGGCUCAGCCGCGCCGAGAUCGAGGCUGAGCUAGGUCGGCUGCUAGGGGUCCGCCGAUUCAUUUGGAUUCCUGGGCGGGAGGGCCUGGAUAUCACGGAUUACCAUAUCGACGCGGAGGCGCGGUUUGUGCGGCCCGGCGUCGUGGUCGUGGGCCGACCGCAUGCCAAGUGUGCGCCGGUGUACUGGGAUGUGUACCGCGAGAUGCGCGCGGUUCUGGACGCCGCGACAGAUGCGCGCGGCCGGCGGCUGGAGGUGCAUGAUGUCGAGGAACCAGAUCCAGAGCUGGUGAAGGGGGAUGUACCCGGGGAGGAGCAGGAGCCGGCGGCGUCGUAUGUGAAUUUCUACUUCACGAAUGGAGGGCUGGUGAUUCCUGCGUUUGGGGAUGCCAUCGCCGAUCAGCGCUCGCUAGAGACGAUGCAGAAGCUGCUUCCCGAGCGCGAGAUUCGCCAGGUCAAGGUGAAUGCGUUACCGAGGACGGGGGGCGUGUUGCACUGUACGACGCAGCAAGUGAUCUGA